AUGCACUUCAACACUUCCUACGGCCAAAAAGAUGUUCCGCCGCCGUUUACUCCCCAAUUUCAGUGGGGUGGACGUCCCGGUGCAUUUGGGAAUGGUAGCCCUCAGAGUGCGUACAACAGCUACCAACCACGGGCAGGGGGUGGAUUUGAUGGCGGUCACUUCCGAGGCGGCCGUGGCCGGGGCGGUGGUGGCUACAGUCGCGGUGGUGGCUUUGGCCAAGAAAAUGGUUUUAACCGACCACUGCAGUACCAAGGUGAAAGUCCUUCCCACGCAUACCACCGCGAGGAGAAACCCGAAGAGGAAAUAUUCAAGGAGCAUACUCCCGGCAUCAACUUUGACCAGUACGAGGCUAUUAAGGUACACAUCUCGCCCAACGACAUUCCACCAAUGGAGUCGUUUGCUUCCAUGAACACUCCGCUGGCACUCAAGGAAAAUGUGGCACGUUGUCGAUACCAAAAGCCAACACCGGUCCAAAAGUACGGUAUUCCUGUUGUUUUGUGUGGCCAUGAUCUCAUGGCCUGCGCACAGACAGGCUCUGGAAAGACCGCAGCCUACUUGAUCCCUCUUGUGAGCUCCAUACUGAGCAACGCAACUCCGAACCAUCAAGGGCAAGGGAGCCGUUCUUCACCAGCUGCGUUGGUAAUGGCCCCCACCCGUGAACUAUCCAUCCAGAUUCAUGAGGAAGGUCGCAAGUUUACCUAUCGAACCGGGAUUCGAUGUGUUGUUGUGUACGGUGGUGCGGAUCCCCGCCACCAAGUACAUGAACUCUCACGGGGCUGCGGUUUGUUGGUUGCUACACCUGGCCGCUUAUGGGACGUAUUUACCCGGGGCUACGUGACCUUCUCUUCAAUUCGUUUUAUGGUUCUGGAUGAGGCUGAUCGCAUGCUUGACAUGGGUUUUGAGCCACAGAUUCGUAUGAUUGUCCAAGGCCAGGAGAGUGACAUGCCACCUCCUGGUCAGCGGCAGACGUUAUUGUACUCGGCUACUUUCCCAACUGAAAUUCAACAACUUGCAAGGGAAUUUUUACAUCGUCACUAUUUCUUGCAAGUUGGUCGUGUAGGUUCAACGACGGAAAAUAUCACCCAAGAUGUUCGCUGGGUUGAGGACAACGACAAACGGGAACAUCUCCUCAGGCUUCUUCACGAGAAUCAAAACCAACUUAUUCUUGUAUUUGUGGAGAAAAAGCGCGAUGCUGAUUACUUGGAACGAUUCCUUCGAAACAAUCGGGUAGCGUGUGCGUCAAUUCAUGGCGAUCGGGUACAACGUGAACGUGAGGAAGCACUUAAAAUGUUUAAAUCCGCGUCAUGUCAAGUACUUGUUGCCACAGACGUUGCCUCACGUGGUCUUGAUAUUCCUGACGUGAGCAUCGUUAUCCAGUAUGAUAUGCCGAGUAACAUUGAUGACUACGUCCAUCGUAUUGGCCGAACGGGUCGUGCGGGAAAGGUUGGUCGUGCAAUAUCCUUUUUCAAUGAAAAGAACCGCAACAUUGUUGACGACCUUGUUCCGCUGCUAAACGAAACCCACCAAAAUGUCCUUCAACAGAUUAUGGACCUUACCAAGCGUCCCAACGUUAACAACGGUCGUGGUGGUAAUGCUGGUGGUGGCUUCCGCGGAUUCCAUGGCGGUGGCUUUUUUGGCGGGAGCGGCUUUCGUGGCUCGCGUGGUGGUUACCGUGGCGGCAACAACCGCGGAGGCUAUGGCGGUGGGUACGGUGGUGGCUACGGUGGCGGUUACGGUGAUGGCUUUGGCUACGGCAGCGGCUAUGGUGCGAACAUGGGCGGAGGUGGUCGUGGCGGUGGCUCCCGUGGCUACGGCGGCAGCAGUACAGGGGGUGGUGCCUUUGGCGGGCCCACAGGAAACGUCCGCAGCAUGUUUGCGGAUGGCCUCAACUCCUAA